AUGAUCAAGCUAACGCUAACCAGCGGUAUUUUUCUUAGUGAAUGCACUACGGGCUUCGCGUUGUCUUUCCUCGAGUUUAUGAAAAAGCAUCUGUUUCCGUUGUCUUUUCUCAAUAAUCACACAAGUCACAUCAUUCAUCGACUGAUAGUUCUCGUUGAAAUUAGAGGUAAGGAGGAAAUCCAGAAAAGAAGAACUGAAAAAGUAGGAAAUAUGGAUAAAAUUAAUUCACUUUUAACUUGAUUAUGCAAUUAACCAAUGCGGCUUAACACAUAACAUGACAGGAGUUAUUGAAAACUGAUGUCCACGGACGUGAACUAUUUUAAAUCAUAUUUUCCCUUCUUGUUUAAACCUUAUUAAUAGUAUACAAAACACGUCCAAUAGAUUAUUUGUUGUUCUUUUAGGUUGUGGUUCCUUGAGAAACAACUCACUACAGAGUCCUGGAUAUCCAAGCAAGUACCCAAGAAAUAUGAAUUGUGUAUAUCAGAUUGCCAUUCCUCAAGGCAUGGCUAUGAGGAUUUAUUUCGAAAAGUUUGAGCUGGAGGAUUCGUUGGAAUGCCGGUUUGUAAUGUUUUUACUCGUCUAGUUGAUCGAUAUAACUUUAUUUAGAACCAGGCACUUGAUUCUUUCAAGUUUGACUCUUUUUAUAGGAGCUACGACAAACAGUUAACGAUUUGUGCCUCCGGAAACAGGCAAUUUCGUUUCAUGAGAAUAGCAACGUUUUCCGAGGCACAGCAGAGGAAAACACUGAAAUUUAAGAGAAAAUUGCUAUUUGUUGAUUAGGUCAGACAAGGGGCAUUUUCUCUUUCUCACACCUGAGGAGACUUUUGGUAUUUAAAAAGGCCUGAUUAGUUUGAACCUACACAGCUAAAAGUUGCGUAGCAACGAAAGGUUAUGUUUAGAUUCAUAAACAGGAAACCGCAAUUUCCCUCGAAAAAUUAAAGAUUAGGCUCAACUUCAUUUUAAAGUUUUACAAAACUUCGAAAAUAAACGUGAAAUUAAUCCUUAAUUGCACAUUCGUUGACGCAAUUGCAUCUACAAGUUGUCAAUUAAAUGGCGAAUUAAAUGUCAGCGCAUAAGAGCGCAAGACGCUGCAAUGCUGAAAAUUUGUAUUUUACUGUUUGUUUGUUUGUUGUCUUUUAUAAUCAUUUGGUUUCUCAAGACCGGCAACUUCUUGUUGAGAAAAAUCAACAAAACGUGAUGCAAUGUUGCCCUCACGGAGACUUUUAACCGGAAACAGUUUCAUAAUUUCAUCGCAUGUCCCCCACAGUAUGCAAUGAGGGCCUGCAAUGAGGGCCUGCACUGAUGGAAUUCAAUUUCAAGACUUGCAUAUUCUCAUACAUUCAACCGCAGACAGAUCACACUAUGUGAUCGUGGUUAAUAAUUGUUGACGUGAGACGAACGAAAUCUAAUAUGGUUAUGGAUAAAGCUCUGAAAACUGCGUAUCUAAAUUAUAUCUGAGUCCGAAUAUCUGAAUAAAGUUAAAUGAAAUGUUCACAGACGAAUUUAUGAUAUUUUGUAGCCUUUAUGGGCCGUUUGAAGCAUCUUUUUACAAAAUUACUUUUGGCCGGAGGCCGCUUGGAGAAGAAGGGGAGACAAGGCUUGCAACUUGAUGGCCGCCAGUUAUGACCUCCUCCACUCUUAACUGGAGCUAACGCCAAACUACAGAAAAUAUCUUCCAAUUAGUAACGAUUCUUGAUCGAUGAGGUGUUUUUCUAUCUUUUCACCGAGUUUGAGCGUCAUCCCUCCAACGUUUUCCAAGAAAAUCGAUCCUGAAAUGAGGAGUAUAGCCUUCUUUAAUAUGAUCGGUGCCAAAUUCAGCGAUCAAAGGAAUUUCAAGCAUGCAGACCGUACCGAUUCAGGUUACCAAUCAGCGCUUGACUUGGUUUUGAACCGCGAUGGGCUUUUACGGGAAGUUGCUGCAUCAGGGCAACAUCUCAUCGAUCAACAACCAUCGCUAAUUAGGAGAGAUUUUCUGUGGUUUAAAAUUAAUUCCGGUAGGAGUGGAGGAUGUCGUAGCUAACGGCCAUCAAGUUGCAAGCCUUGUCUGCCCCUCCUCUCGCAACGUCCUCCGGUCGUAAACACAUUCGUUAAAAGACGUUUGAAACGGCCCAUGAAGGUGAAAAACAUCAGUAAUGGGAUGAUUAACAUUUUAUUUCACUUUAUUGAAAUAUAAAUAUUGCAUAUCUAGAUAUGCAAUUUUCAGAGCUAUACUCAUAACUGUCAAAGAUUUGGAGAAACAAACCAGAUUGCUGCACGUGUAGAUAUCCAAUCGGAUCUAAGGUUUCUUACAUCUGGACAGCUGUUUCCGCGAUUAGCGAGAGCAAUGAACACGUCAAAAUAAUAGGCAUAUUUACAACAUAAAAGUGUAGUAAACCUUACGGGGAGAAAAUAACGAGUAACUCUUUAAAGUGUAUCGUUUUACUUCUCCUUAUCUUACAGUUUUGACUAUGUAGAGAUUUUUAACCAGAAGUACUGUGGAGAGAAGACUGGAACAAGGAUGGAAAUAAGAGGAGGCUACGCCGUAAUAAAAUUUCAUUCAGCUUCAGAUAUUCAGAGAGGAAGAUUCUCGCUACUGUUCACUUCUAUCUUACCAAGUGUGUACAAUGAGCUUUUAUACUUUUUACUUAUAAUAAAACUAGUAAUAGUUUUCAUUAUAUAUGCCUUGCUGGUAAUGAUAUAAUAACUUUUUAUAGCCUUCUAGGAGUUUUUUUCGCCCGUGUGUCAGAAAAUCGAGAAGGUAUCAUAGAAUUCGCGUAAAGUCGUAUCGGAAAAUAUCAAAAUUUUGUUCUUAACUUAAGGCAACUAAAAGUUUCAGAGCUUCAAUCUGUAUAUAUCGAAUAUGGUGCCAACGACGAAAGGAGUCACAUCACCAAUUUCCCUCCCUUUUUCUCAUAAUUAGCUUUUGCUUUGUAAAGACCGACAAUGUAGUAUGUUUCCGCUGGAGGCUAUCACAAGAAAGAAAGUUGGAAUUACCGCAAUUGAAAAUCGAAGUGAGCUGCUCUGACCUUGCUUUGCGUUUAGAGACUGAAAUUGGCAGAAAACACCGGGAACAUAAUCGGACGAGCAGUAAUUUUUUAUUUUACCCUUUAAAUGCUCUAAAUUCCCACUAAAAACUUAUUCUAGUAACUGAUUUAAGACUUAUCUGGGAUUUUACUAUAGGAACUUUUGCCUAUUUCUUUGAGGGUUAAUAAAAAUUAUGGGUUUAAGUAUGAUCACGCCAGCAUUAAUCAGCGGUAUUUUGCUUAGUGCAUGCACCGCGGGCUCCGUGUUGUCUUACCUUGACUUUUAUCAAAAGUCACACGAGUCACAUCAUCCAUCGACUGAUAGUUCUAGUUGAAAAUAGGGGUAAGGAGGAAAUCCUGAAAAGACGAGCCGAAAAAAGGAGAAAACUUUAUUUAUGAUUGAGUUAUUCACAAUUUGGUUAUGCAAUUAACCAAUGCAGCCCAGCACAUAACAUGGCAAUAGUUGUCGACAACUGACGUCCACAGACAUAAAGUCUUUUUAAUCAUAUUUCCCCUUCUUGUUUAAACCUAAUUAGUAGCAUUCAAAAUAUGUCCAAGGGAUUAUUUGUUGUUCUUAUAGGUUGUGGAUCCUUGAGAAACAACUCACUACAGAGUCCUGGAUAUCCAGACAAGUACCCAACUAAUAUGGAUUGUGGAUAUCAGAUUGCCAUUCCUCAAGGCAUGGCUAUGAGAUUGUCUUUCGAAUAUUUUGAGUUGGAGGAUUCAUUGGCAUGCAGGUUUGUAAUGUUUUAACUCGUCUGGUUGAUGCAACUUUAUUUAAGGCCACUGGAUUCUUUCAAGUUUGACUCUCUUAUAGGAGCUAUAGGAAACAGGUAAUGAUUGGUGCCUCCGGAAACAGCUCUUUCGUUUCCCGAGAAUCGCAACGUUUUCCAAGGCAAAUGAGAGGGAAAUUCCAUACUUGUUGAUUGAAUGAGACAAGGGGCAUUUUUUCUUUAUCACAAAGAAACUUUUGGUAAUCAAGCAGGCUUGAUGAUUUUGAUCCUAAUUGGUGAAGAGUUGCGUAGCAACUAAAAGUCGAUGCUUACAUUCAUAAACAGAAAACUGCUAUUACCCUCGAAAAAUUAAAGAUUAGUCUCACUUGCAUUUUCAAAGUUUUACAAGACUUUGACAAUAAGCGUGAAAGUAAUUCUGAAUUGCCCAUGGAUCUACAAAUUGUAAAUUUUUUGGUGAACUAAAUGUCAGCGCAUAAGAGCGCAAGAUACAACAAUGCUGAAAAUUUUUAUAGUGCCAACCAAAUCGGUCUAAAAUUAAAUCUCCAAACUUCAGAGAAAAAAAAUUGGUAAAUUCCUAUAGUUACGCCUUUUUUUUUCCUGCACUGAGAUAAAAUUAACGAGGAGUUUGCUUAAUUUGUCUGUUGAAACUUAUCAAAAUCUUUGUCUUUUCAGGAUAUCUUUUUUCACAGAAAGCUUUUGAUAAUUUUUGUAUUUUAAUGUUUGUUUGUUUGUUGUCUGAUGUAAUCUUUUGGUUUCUCAAGACCGCCAAUUUCUUGUCAAAAAAAGACUUUUGCCUGAAAAAGUCUCAUUGUGUCAUUGCCGGCAUAUUACAUUUCUAACUGGACCAUACUCAAUGCUCGAAGAAACAAACCAGAUUACUUCACAACAUUGAGCUGAUCGAAUCGGAUUUAAGAUUUCCCACAUCUGGACAACGGUUUGUGCGAUGACCCUAGGGCAAAACAUCACGUCAAAAUAAUAGGGCAUAUUUAGAACAUAAAACUGUAGUAAACCUGACGGAGGGAAAAUAAAGAAUUACUCUUUAAAUAGUUUAGUCUUACUUGUCUCUAUCUUACAGUUUUGACUAUGUAGAGAUUUUUAACCAGAAGUACUGUGGAGAGAAGACUGGAACAACAAUUGAAAUAAGUGGAGACUAUGCCGUGAUAAGAUUUUAUUCAGACUCAAGUGUUCAGAAAGGAGGAUUCUCGCUGCUGUUCUCUACUAUCUCACCAAGUGUGUACAACGGACUUUAUCCUAUUUUAUCAUAAUAAAAGUAACAAUAAAUAUCUGCCCCUGCCAGGCAACGAUAUGAUUUUUUAUUGCCUCCAUAGGGUGUCUGGCAUAGAUGCCAGAAAACCGAGGAGGCAUCAUAGAAGUCGCCUAUAAUCAUAUCGGGAAAUUUCUAAAGUUUUGUGCGCUUACUGGUAUUGAGUAAAUUCUUGUUAGGAUCACUAUGUUUUGUGGGAAAUUGUUUCAACCACGAUGUCUCUGCGCUUCCUUCGAGUCGCUUUUAGAUAGUUUGCAGAGGUGAAUAUUAUCCUUUCAUGUAUCAUCUUUAAUGCAAAAGUCAUUUAACAUUACCACUUGUAGAAUUAUGAAAGACCAUCCAAUGACAUGAGAAAAUUUCCUUUAAACCUGUCCGAGUUUAUUUCUAUGAUAAAAAUCUUUUAUCAUUAAAAUGCAAGGACAGAUGUGGUGGGAACUUUAACUAGUUGUAGAAGAAAUUCUAACAGGUUUGUAGGUGAUUUUUUCAUGUAGCUUGGAGUUAACGAUGAAAUGUUAUAAAAUAGCUGUGCAGUAACAGAAAAGCUUUCCAGGUGAUCUUAAGUAAUUUUGGCAGGCGUGAGGUUACUGCUUUUGCUUUGGAAGUCGAAGAAGCCCCCGAAAGUACUAAGGAAUCUUGCUUGUCUUCAAUAAAAGAAUGAUCAGUCAGCAUUUACAUGUUUUAUUAUUAUUGGUUUUUUUAAAUCCAGAGCGGAGUCGUGACUAGAAACAUUCAGGGGCGGUUAUUUACAUGAGGUCUAACCCAAAGUACGGUUUUACGCAAUCAAUGAGCCUCAGGCCCUCUCUAUAUGAAGGUUUAUUUAAUUUAAAUGACAUUUCGCUGUUAGCUUUCGGUUCUCUUGACACUGUUCGCAAAAAAAAUGUUCACAUAAAAGGUUCAGAAACAUUGAGGAUAUAAUGAAUUCCAUUGGGAUGUCUUCUCGCUGUCUCUAACACCAGCGACAUAUGGCUUGUAAAAAAAAGAAGAAGAAGAAGAAGAAGUACCUUCAUUGACCUCCUUGGAACACUGAUGCUCUCAUUGAUGAUUGUGUCUGAUCCCCACUCUUCUGAGAUUGUCUUGAGAUGAAUGACGUGCUUGCACAUGAGUCUCUUUCCAUUUUCGUAGUCAGACAAGGCCUGAUUAAUUAAUCUAUAACUUGAUUAUGCAAUUAACCAAUGCGGCUUAAGAUAUAACAUGACAGUGGUUGUUGACAACUGAUGUCCACAGACGUGAACUAUCUUUUGUCAUAUUCUCCCUUCUUGUUUAAGCCUUUUUAUUAGUAUUCAAAACAUGUCCAAGAAAUUAUUUGUUGUUCUUAUAGGUUGUGGUUCCUUGAGAAACAACUCACUACAGAGUCCUGGAUAUCCGAACAAGUACCCAAAUAUGGAUUGUGUAUAUCAGAUUGCCAUUCCUCAAGGCAUGGCUAUAAGGAUGCAUUUCGAAUAUUUUGAGCUGGAGGAUUCGUGGGAAUGCCGGUUUGUAAUGUUUUGACUUGUCUGGUUGAUCGAUAUAACUUUAUUUAGUACCACUUCACUCUUUUAAGUUUGACUCUUUUUAUAGGAGCUAUAACAAACAGUUAACGAUUUGUGCUUACGGAAACAAGCAGUUUCGUUUCCCGAAAAUCUCAACGUUUUUCUAGGGCAGAAUAGAGAGAAGCAUUGAAAUUUAAAGGAAUAUUACUAUUUUGAUUGGGUGGGUAGCAACGAAUGGUUGAUGUUUUGAUUAAUAAACAGGAAACCGCAAUUGCCCUCGACAAAUUAAAGGUUAGUCUCAAUUGCAUUUUUAAAGUUUUACAAAACUUCGAAUAUAAGCCUGAAAUUAAUCCUUCAUUGCACAUAGGCCCAAUGAAUUGCAUCUAGAGAUUGGAAAUCCAUUAGUGAAUGAAAUGUCAGCGCAAAAGAGCACAAUAUACUACAAUGCUGAAAAUGUUUAUAAUGCUAACCAUAUGCUAAAAUUUAAUGUCCAAAAAAACACAAAAAAGUUGAUUAACAUUUUAUUCAACUUUAUUAAGAUAUUCAGAGCAAGAGGUAGUCUGCAAUUUUCAGAGCUUUAUUCGUAACCCUCAAAAGUUUUGUUCGUCUCAUGGCAACAGUUGCUAACCACGAACACAUAGUGUGGUCUGCCUGUGAUUCAACCUCGAUUUCUCAAUCAAUUUUCAUGUUAUCGACACUUCACCUUAGUUCGUCAUUUCCUCUACCUUGUUUGUCUACAAUAACAAACAAAGAGGGAAAUUUUUUCGAAAUGUCUUUUUCAAAACUGUUACUCACAUUUUCAACUGGAUCAUACACAAGGUUCGGAGAAACAAACCAGAUUGCUGCACAACGUGUAGCCAUCCAAUUGGAUCUAAGGUUUCUUACAUCUGGACUAGUGCUAUACGAUUACCUAAGGCAAAUGAACUCGUCAAAAUAAUACGACAUGUAUUUAGAACAUGAGAGUGUAGUAAACCUUACGGGGAGAAAACAACGAAUAACUAUUUAAAGUGUAUCGUUUUACUUGUCUCUCUCUUACAGUUUUGACUAUGUAGAGAUUUUUAACCAGAAAUACUGUGGAAAGAUGACUGGAACAACAAUUGAAAUAAGUGGAGACUAUGCCGUGAUAAGAUUUCAUUCAGACUCAAGUGUUCAGGGAGGAUUCUCGCUGCUGUUCUCUACUGUGUUAUCAAGUGUGUAAAAUGAGCUUAUACUUUUUAAUUAUAAUAAAACUAAAUAUAAUUCUCGAUAUAUCUGCUCUAACUGAUAAUGAUAUAGAAACUUUUUAGAGCCUUCGAGGGGUUUUCCUGCCAAAAUGCCAGAAAACUAAGAAGGUAUCAUAGAAGUCGCGUAUAGUUGUAUUGGGAAAUAUCCAACUUUUUUUCUCAACUCAAGACAACUAAAAGUUUCAGAGCCUCAAUCUGCAUAUAUCGAAUAUGGUGUCAUCGACGAUAGGAGUCGCAUCACAAAUUUCUCUCCUUUUUUUUGCUCAUAAUUAUCUAUUUAUUUUGUAAAGACCGACAAUGUGGUAUGUUUCCACUGGAAACUUUGCUAUCGCAAGAAAGAAAUUUAAAAUUACCGCAAGUCAAAAUUAAAGUGAGCUGCUCUGACCUUCUUUUGCGUUUAGAGACUGAAACUGGCAGAAAACGCUGGGAACAUAAUCGGACGAGCAGUAAUUUGUUAAAAUUCCCUUUAAAAAUCUGAAUCAAAUGUCCCUUAUUGCAAAAUGCUCCGAAUCCCCACCAAUAACUUAUUCUAGUUACUGAUUUUAGACUUAUCUGAGAUUUUGCUAGAGGAAUUUUUGCCUAUUUCUUUAAGAGAUGAUAAAAAUUAUUUGUUUAAGUACGAUCAAGCCAGCAAUAACCUGCGGUAUUUUGCUUAGUGUAUGCACAGCGGGCUCCGUGUUAUUUUUCAUCGAGUUUGUGAACAAGCAUCUUUUCCAUUGCCUUUUACCAAAAGUCACACGAGUCACAUCAUCCAUCGACUGAUAGUUCUGGUUGAAAGUAGGGGUAAGGAGAAAUCCAGAAAGGACGAGCCGAAAAAAGUAGAAAACUUGGAUAAAAUUCAUUAUUCAUAACUUGAUUAUGCAAUUAACUAAUGCGGCUCAACACAUAACAUGGCAGUAGUUUUUGACAUCUGAUGUCCACAGACAUAAACUCUUUUUAAUCAUAUUUUCACUUCUUGUAUAUUAUUUCACUUUUUAGUAGCAUUCAAAACAUUUCCAAGGGAUUAUUUGUUUUUCUUAUAGGUUGUGGUUCCUUGAAAAACAAUUCACUACAGAGUCCUGGAUAUCCAAACAAGUACCCAAGAAAUAUGGAUUGUGUAUAUCAGAUUGUCAUUCCUCAAGGCAUGGCUACAAGAAUGUAUUUCGAAUAUUUUGAGCUGGAGGAUUCGUGGGAAUGCCGGUUUGUAACGUUUUGACCUAUCUGAUUGAUCGAAGUAACUUUAUUUAGUACCACUCGACUCUUUCAAGUUUGACUCUUUUUACAGGAGCUGUAACAAACAGUUAACGAUUUAUGCCUCCCGAAACAAGUAAUCUCGUUUCCCGAGAAUCUCAAUGUUUUUCUAAGGCGGAGCAGAGGAAAACAUUGAAAUUUAAGAUAAAACUCCUAUUUGUCGAUUGCGUGAGACAGACUUUUGGUAAUCAAAAAGGUCUGAUUAAUUUAAUCUUAAUUGGUGAAGAGUUUGGUAGCCACGAAAGGUUGAAACUGUUCUUCACAUUUCAAACUGGACCAUACGCAAGGUUCGGAUUUAAGAUUUCCCACAUUUAAGCAACUGUUUGUGCAAUUACUGAGGGCAUAAUAGGGCAUAUUUAGAACAUGAAAGUGUCGUAAAUUUGACGGGGAGAAAACAACGAAUAACUAUUUAAAGUGUAUCGUUUUACUUGUUUCUCUCUUACAGUUUUGAUUAUGUAGAGAUUUUUAACCAGAAGUACUGUGGAGAGAAGACUGGAACAACAAUUGAAAUUAGUGGAGACUACGCCGUGAUAAGAUUUCAUUCAGACUCAAUUGUUCAGGGAGGGGGAUUCUCGCUGCUGUUCACUACUGUGUUACCAAGUGUGUAAAAUGAACUUUUUAUAUUUUUUAAUUAUAAUAAAAUAAGUUAUAAAUAUAUGUCCCUGCCUGUAUUGAUAUUAUUUUUUCAAGGCCCUCGAUGCCAGAAAAACGAGGAGGCAUCAUAAUUGUCGCCUAUAGUCGUAUCGGGAUAAUAUUUAAAUUUUGCGCGCUUACUGGUAACGGGUAGAUUCCUAUGAGGAUAUCGUUAGGUGUUAUGGGAAAUUUUUUCAACCGCAAUGUUUCUGCGCUUCCUUUUGUGUCGCAGGUGAAUAUUAUCCUUUCAGGUAUCACCUUGAAUGGAAAAGUCGUUUAACACUCUCACUUCUAAAAUUAUGUAUCAGACCAUACAAUACGCGAUAUGAAAAAUUUCUUUCAAAACCUGUCCAGCUGCUUUUGCUUUAGAAGUCGAAGAGGCCUCCGGAAGUACCAAUCAAUCUUGCUCGCCUCCGAAGCAUUUGCAUUCAUAAAAGCAUGAUCAGUCAGUAUAAGAUGACGUAAUUUUUUUCAAUCCAGUGCCUCAGGCUUUCUCUUAAAGAGGGUUGAUUCAAUUAAAUAAAUUUCCUUUCACUGUUGGCUUUUAGGGCUCCUAUUGAUAACAGAUAUGCUUUUAAGUAUUCUGAAGGGAUUACCUUGUUAAAUAAAGGUUUGCUACUGCUACUACUUUCGGUUCAGUCGACACUGUUCGCAAAAAUAAAUGUCACACAUGCCAUUAGCAACAGACGGCAAUUCUCAUAAAAGAUGCUCUUGCAGAUAUUAUGUUAAAUUGGUUUGCAUGUUUUGCCUCUCCAUUGAAAAGAAACAUUGACCUCUACGCAACAGUUAUUCAGAAGCAUCGAAUUUUACUAUUGUUGCACUGCGAUAUGUAUGAUUGUGGAUUAGACGCAUUUAUUUUCUUCUUUCCUUGUUGUUACAUACAGGAUAUGGGUUUAUCUAUCGGAAAAGAGAAAAACAAACUAUUCUCAGGCCUCUGAAGUUAAUCAAACACACUUUCAGCCCAGUAAUGGAUGUGGGUUAAUUAAAUACAAAGAAUGCUUAUCCUUUUAACUGGUUAUCAUAAUAAUUAAUUUUUUCAAAGAACUGUCAUUGCGCCUCGCAGAUUAUUGGGUUAGGUGUGUCGUUCUCGUUCAUGAUUUGUGUUUGACAAAUGAAAGUAAUAAUAAUGAUAAUAUUGAUAACAACCAUAAUGAUAAUAACAAUAACAAUGAUAAUCGUAAUAAUAAUAAUAAUAAUAAUAAAAUGGCGCUAUAUCUGAUAGCUCAUGCGGACACUUUACAACACUUUUCAGGGGACUUUGGCUAAACUGCAUCGAGCAGUUAACAAUAUUUUUCUCUUGAGAAUUCCCCCAAUUUCGAAAUAUUUUUUGAAUAAUGUCCUUUAUCGAAAAGAGUCUAUCCAGUACAGUUUAAUGAGUUUUUCUUCCAAAGAGAUCAAUGUCAUGAAAGAUAUUCGCCUCUAUAAAUUCUGUAGGAGCAACACUAAGCGAAGCGUAGACAAGUCGUGGUUAAAAAAAUUACCCAUAACACAUUGCGAUCCUCUUAAGUCAAUAUCCGAUACUACUAAGCGUGCAUAACUGACGCAGAGUCGAUCGAUACGGUUUAGAUUGCCUAGUAUGUUUAAACCAGGAUAGUUUUUCCCACUGAAUGAACAUUCUGGUAACUACUAUGAUGCGUUCUUGGAAAUCUGGCCUCUGAAUUAGACGCCCUGUGGGGGCUUUUAAGGAACUAGAGGGUGUACCAGUACUAAUAAUUUUAGUCCAAUUGGCUCAUAACCAUGUCUCAUCCCCCCUUACAGUGUAAUUGGUUAGUUGUAAUUGCAUUAAGUCAUUUCUAUUCAAGGUCCUCCCAAUAUUUCAAUGCCAGUUCUCGUGGAGGCCUCUCCAGGCGACGAGGUGACGUGCUUAGUGACAGGAAGUCAUCCUAUGUACACCACCAUACUCAGCGACUCAAGAGUUCUGGUUAACACAACAAGCAUGGCAACCUUUCGGUUUGGGGAGGAAGGAAACUACACCUGCAUGGCAAGCAGCAAGUAUGGGACUGAUUUAAAAAUGUUCAGUGUGAUUUUCCCAGGUAGGCCUUAAACUGAUGGUUAAACUUUUUCAAUUUGCUUCACUUUAGUUAAUAGAUUGCCAGGGGAAACCAAUGGUAGCUAUUCGUUUAAAACAAGAAUUUAAUACAGUGAUAUGAAUGAUAUGAUAAGAUUAAUGACAUAAUCCGUAAACGUUCUGUUAAAAGUAAAAAUCGAAUGAUUACAUAAAUGUUCUACAGUGGUGGUUUCUUGUAUCUAUCUUCGCAUUCCCUUCAAACCCGAGAUAAAAUGUCAAUAUUUCCUUAUCUAACCUUGCUGCCAGACCUCAAAGGGUUUAAAGGUAAGAGGGUUUGUAAACUUAGUGAGUUUUUCCUGUACGUGCCUCCUCUAAGACUUUUGAAUGUACCGUAAUAGAAUCAUAUCUUGCUGGAGUCCGGCGGCUACGCAUAAUACGUUCAUGAUACCAUAUUUUCCCAGGCUACAUUUAGCAGUUUCUUUUGUUGCUGCGGACUGGACGAUUGGCUAGACGAUCAAGUUGCUAUCAUUGAGUUACGUGGCUCUUGAGGCCCAAAAGAAAUUCUCAAGCGGAGAAAUCGGGUUUUUCUUGGUAACAAUUCUUCCUUAAUUUGAAAUCUCGGGCUACCGGCUUUUCGAAAAAAGUGCGUAACAACGGCGGGGUUGCAGUGUAUGUACGAAACGAUCUUUCCGUGAGAAGAGGGGACGACCUUGGAUAAUGUCGAGGGGAUAUUGUUGAAAAUUUUGGGGCCGAAAUCACGUAGUAUUUUUGUGGGUAAUUUCUAGCUACGCAACCGUACAUCUUAGUGAUUAAAGGGAGUAAGUUUCUAAAGAAACUGUGGUGCUGCAUUGGUGGGGAGUAUAACAAGAUAAUUUGGAUUUAUCAAAUGAGUUGAUAAUGUAACUUUGCCACCGUACGCUGUUUCUAAGCUGACGUAUCGAGCGUUAGCCCUUCGUCAGAGCGAACGACAAAAGGCCAACGUUCGAAACGUUUGCUUAGAAGCUCUCUACGUACAUAUAAAUACUACUUUAAGCUGAACAACAUUUUGAUACUGCUACUGCCUACGACAAAGAGAUUGCAGUGAAUCGUCCUUAUAUAUUCUAAGGACGAUUCACUGUAAUUACGUCGAUGAAUCGCCCUCAGAAUAUCUGUUAUUUGUUUAAAUGUGAUUAAGCCAGCACUGACUGGCGGUAAUUUGCCUAGUGUAUGCACUGCGGGCUUUGCGUUGUCUUUCCUCGAGUUUGUCAACAAGCGUCUGUUUCCAUUGCCUUUAAUCAAAAGUCACAUGUGUCAAACCACUCAUCGACUGAUAGUUCUAGUUGAAAUCACGGGUGAGGAGGAAAUCCAGAAAGGACGGGCUGAAAAAGUAGGAAAGAUGGAUAAAAUUAAUUCAUUUAUAACUUGAUUAUGCAAUUAACCAAUGCGGCUUAAGAUAUAACAUGACACUGGUUGUUGACUACUGAUGUCAAAAGACAUGAACUAUCUUUAAUCAUAAAUUCCCCUCUUGUUUAAGCCUUAUUAGUAGCAUUCAAAACAUGUCCAAGAGAUUAUUUCUUGUUCUUAUAGGUUGUGGUUCCUUGAGAAACAACUCACUACAGAGUCCUGGAUAUCCAAACAAGUACCCAAUUAAUAUGGAUUGUGUAUAUCAGAUUGCUAUUCCUCAAGGCAUGGCUAUGAGAAUGCAUUUCGAAUAUUUUGAGCUGGAGGAUUCGUUUGAAUGCAGGUUUUUAAUGUUUUAACUCGUCUGGUUGAUGUAACUUUAUUUAGGACCACUCAACUCUUUCAAGUCUGACUCUUUUUAGCUAUAAGAAACAGUUAACGAUUGGUGCCUCCGGGAACAAGAAACUUAGUUCCCCGAUAAUCUCUACGUUUUCCAAGGUGGAGAAGAGAGAAACAUCGAAAUUUAAGGCAAAAUUACUACUUAUUGAUUGCGUGAGACAGGGGCAUUUUAAUAUUAUCAUAAGGAGACUUUUGUUAAUCAUGAAGACUGGAUUAAUUUGAUUCUUAUUGAUGAAAAAAUACUUAGCAACAGAAGGUUGAUGUUGAUAUUCAUAUCGUAAACAUGAAACUGCUAGAGCCCUCGAAAAAUGAAAGGUUAGUCCCACUUCUUUAAAAAGUUUUACAAAACUUGGAAAUAAGCGUGAAAUUAAUCCUCAGUUGCCUAUGGGCUCACGCAAUUACAUCUACAUAUCGAAACUGAAUUUAUUGGUGAAUUACAUGUUAUCGCAUAAGAGCGCAAAAUACUUCCAUGCCGAAAUUUUCAUAAUGCUAACCAAAGCGGUUCAACCUCAAUUUUUCAAUCAAUUUUCAUGUUAUCCACACUUCACCUUAGUUCGCCAUUUCCUCUACCUUGUUUUUCCACAUCACAAAACAAAGGGGGAAAUUUUUUCGAAAUGUCUUUUUCAAAACUGUUACUCACAUUUCCAACUGGACCAUACGCAAGGUUUGUAGAAACAAACCAAAUUGCUGCACAAACCGUAGCUAUCCAAUCAGAUUUCAUAAUUCCCAUAUCUGGACAACUGUUUGGGCCAUUAACGAGGAUAAAAGAACUCGUCAAAGUAAUAGGGAAUAUUUAAAACGUUAAUAUUUAAAAUAACGAUCAUUUUAACUUGUCUCUAUCUUACAGUUUUGACUAUGUAGAGAUUUCUAAUUAUAAGUACUGUGGAGAGAUGACUGGAACAACAAUUGAAAUAACUGGAUACAACGCCGUGAUAACAUUUUAUUCAGACUUCGGUGUUCAGGAGGGAGGAUUCUCGCUUCUGUUCAAUACUGUCUUACCAAGUGUGUAAAAUGAACUUUUGUCCUUUUUAGUCAUAAUAAAACUAGUAGUAGUUUUCUUUAUAUCUACCCCCGUUUAUUAAUAAUAUAAAUUUUUAUUGCCUCCUUCGGAGGUAAUAAAAAUUCUGGCCCAGACACCAGAGAACUGAGGAGACAUCGUAGUAGCCGCGUAUAGUCUUAUAUAUCCACUGAAAUUUUGCGCGCUUACUGGUACCGGGUAAAUUCUCAUUAGGAUCGUUAGGUGUUAUGGGUAAGUUUUCCAACCACGAUGUCUCUUUGGUUUCUUUCGUGUCGCUUUAAGAUUAUUUGCAGAGGUGAAUAUUGUCUUUACAUCAUCUUAAAUGAAAAAGUCAUUUAACACUACCACUUCUAGAAUUAUGUAAGAUCACCCAAUAUGCUACAUGACAGGAUUUCCUUCAAACCUGUCCGAAUUAUUUCUACAAUCAAAAAUUUAUAUCAUUAAAUUGCGAGGAAAGAUGUGGUGUGAACUUGGAGGUAACGAUGAAAUGUAUCAAAUAACUGUACAGUAACAAAACAGCUUUUCAGUUGUUCUUGGGUAAUUUUGGCAGGCGUGACGUAGCUGCUUUUGCUUUAGAAGUCGAAGAAGCCCCCGAAAGUAACAGACAAUCUUGUUUGUCUUCGGAGCAUUUGUAUUGAUAAAAUAAUGGCCAUUCAAUAUUUGAAUAAUUUUUAUUUUUUUAAUCCAGUGCGGAGACAUGAUUGGAAGCAUUUAGGGGCGGUUAUUUACGUCGGGUCCAACCCAAACCACGCUUUUAAGCAAUCAUUGAGCCUCAAGCUCUCUCUAUAAGAAGGUUGAUUUAAUUAAAUAAAUGUUCUUCCACUGUAAGCUUUCGGCUUUCUUGACACUGUUCGCAAAAAUAAACGUUCAGAUAAAAGGUUCAGCUAAAUUGAGGAUUUUCUUGAACGCGGUUUUGUUAAACAGUGGCUAAACGUUGUUUAACAAAUCGGCCUUUAGUGUCCAGUUUCAUGUUUGUUAUCAUAAAUACCACUAGCAACAGGUGGUAACUCAUCAUAGUUGCUCUUCUGCAUAUGUUGUUGAAUUGGUUUGCAUGUCUUGCCUCUCAAUUGAAAAGAAGCAUUGACCGCUACGGGACAGUUUUUCAGAAGCAUCAACUGUUACACUGCAAUAUGUAUGAUUACUGAUUAGACGCUUUUAAUUUCUACAUUCCCUGUUGUUGCAUACAGGAUAGGUGUUUAUCUAUCUGAAAAACAACCGAAUAUUUUCAGGCCUUUUAAAUGAAUCACUUUAUAAAAUAAGUCCCUUAAAACAAACUUUUUCAGCUUAGAAAUGGAUGUGGGUUUACUAAAUAUCGCACAAGGAAUGCUUAUCCUUAUAAAUGGUUAUUAUCAUAAUUAUAAUAUUUUUGAGAAGAAUUGUAACUGCGAAGACUAUUGGGUCAGGUCUGGACAAAUGAUAGUAACAAUAACAAUAACAAUAACAAUAAUGUUGAUGAUGAUAUGAUAAUAAUAAUAAUAAUAAUAAUAAUAAUAAUAAUAGUAAUAGUAAUAGUAAUAGUAAUAAUAAUAGUAAAAUAGCGCCAUAUCUAUCAGCUCAUAAAACUUUCGAGGGACUUUGGCUAGACUGCAUUUUUUGAUGAAAAUUCUUGCGGACGCCCCCAAUUUCGGAAUGUUUUGUUUAAAUAAAGUUCUUUAUCGAAAAAAUCUAUCCUGUACAACUUAAUGAGUUUUGCUUCAAAAGAGCAAUGUAGUAUAAAAUAUUCAUUUCUAUAAAUUCUGUAAGAGCAACACGAAGCGCAGACACUUCGUGGCUACAAAAUUAACCAUAACAGAUUGCCAUCCUCUUAAGCAAAAACCCGAUACCGCUAGGGUUUGGUUAGUUUUAAUUACAUUAAAUCAUUUCUAUUCAAAGUCCUCCCAAUAUUUCAAUGCCGGUUUUUAUGGAAGCCUUUCCAGGCGCACAGGUGACGUGCUCAGUGACAGGAAGUCAUCCUAUGUACACCACGAUACUCAGUGACUCAAGAGUUCUGGUUAACACAACAAGCAUGGCAACCUUUUGGUUUGAGGAGGAAGGAAACUACACCUGCAUGGUAAGCAGCAAGUAUGGGACUGAUUUAAAAAUGUUCAGUGUGAUUUUUCCAGAUAGGCCCUAA